AUGAACCCCAGGCUGCAUUGGAAUGGUCCCGAGCCCCCGGCAACAGCAGCAGCAGCACCAUGGUUUCAUGAUUCCCUUGGGUUGUAUCGUUCGCUGCUGGCUGUGCCUGGAUGUGAUUCUGUAGAGUUGGUUCGAAUUCACUGUUUCUUUCGGAAUCAAAUGCUGCUGGGAAUUCAAGUGGUCUAUGCGUCGUCGUCGACUACUGGAGUACCGGUUGUGAAGGAAACGGCAUCCUCCCGAUUGGUCUUUCCCGCCUUGUCCAGCAGUGAGGUUCAACGACAAACCUUUGAGUUGGAUACCGACGAUGCGCUGGAACAUGUCGACUCGGUCUGCUUGCCCUUGUUGGGAGGAGGAGGAACGAGAAAGCUGGUCCAGGCCGUCUCGUUUCAAUCUCAACAGGGAAUCUUGCACACCCUGGGAGCAGCCCACAAACACGGUACAACCAGCAAAACGACUAGUCAAGAGCUUCCUCAUCAUGGCCCAGGGGAAGAUCCAUCCCUAGCACAUUCGCCAUGCACAUCUGGCAAAAGAAGAAGGAGAAGAGUAAUUGGCUUGGUAGCCACCCGUGAUCCUGAGUUUGGAUUGGUAGAUCAGAUUGGGUACUACUACCUGCAAGAGGAGGAAGAACAUCACCUCAUCACUGAACCUACUAGUAGACAAUCGGGUCAAUCUGGAAAGGACUUGAUCUUCCACGAGCCUUGCAGCCGGGAACACUACAUGCGACCCAAGCACUCCACCCACAAGAAGAACAUCAGCCUUACCACCUCACAAAACCCUGCUGCCAUUGUAUCCCGACGAAUCGCCAAAUCCAGCACCAAACGACAACCCGCACUAGACUCUCAAUUCUCGGACCUGGCAUUCUACCAACGCCUUUGCAACCACCCCAGGAUUGCCCACGUCAAGCUCUACAAGAUUUGCUGCUACUACAAUGACAAUGCCAUCCUUCGUCUCUACGGCAUCUACCAGUGUACUAUCCAUAAUGAUGGUGAAAGCACUACUGCUACCAUAGAAGUCAUGCCCACGGACCAUGCCGAAUGGAAGCACUCCAUGAUGCAGCAAGUCGGUAGUGCCUGUCGAGUAUUCACGAUCACGUUGCAAUCAGGAGAGUUCCUCAGUCGUCUCUACUGCGUCACUACCAAUACAAAGCCCUUUAGUCAUCAUGGUGGUGGCAGCAUCCAAACGGUGUCGCUGAUCACCAAUCGACGGAGUAUCGACCUACAAGCUCGACUCAUGAAAGAAACCACGAGAGCGGACGAUGUUGGUGCACCACGACGAGUUGUAGCGUUGGCGGGAAGCAUCGUUCAUGGCCGGCUCCACCGGAUUGGUUAUGUGACAGAACCCACCAACUGGCACGUUCUCAAGCCAUGGAUCUUGCUGUGGCAUGCUGCCGCCGGAAACGCAACCAAAACUUGCACCAUCGAAGCACGAGUCGCACGGAUGGCCCAAGCAGUGCCAAUAAGCAGCAACAACGAGCCACCACGCAACGCUACAUGUAAUGAUCGCAGACGACAAUGGACAACAAUCUCACCAUCAUGGAUCAGCAGUAGGUACCGAGUCCACCACCGCCACCAGCCAGCACAACAGUACAACAAGUUGUUGUCAUUUCGUUGGAAACUGGGUCGAGCCCUACUUUUGAUGGGACGACAUCACCACCACCAAGGCAGCAGCAGAAGCAGCUUUACGAGUACUCGAGAAUUCCAAGUCUUGCAACAGCUUUUGCAGCACACCAACAACGAUACGUUUCGGCACAUUCUUUCGUUUCUGGCUCCGUCCAUAGUGCAUUGCUGA